AUGAACCCUGAAACGCCGGAACACAGUGCCAAUCAUUUGGCUGAGGUAGCAGAGGAUGCUGAUAUUUUUGCUCAAGAGAAGGGUAUCAAUAAUGAAUAUCAAGGGCCAAAUGCCCGAACACUGCCAGAUGCAGAGACAAUCGAGCGAUUAGGGCGACAACGCCCUGUUCAUUUCUCGAAUAAAUGGACAGAAUUGGCAUUCUGUUUCUCAAUAUUCAUGUGCCAGAUCCUUUCGGAAUACUAUGUAUCCGGCUCUAAUGUCCUUCUUCCCACGUUGAUAAAGGAGUUGGACAUCCCUCCUAGCCAGUCCAUUUGGCCAGCCACGGCCUUGUCCCUUGUCGUCACGGCCACCUUGCUCAUAUUUGGUCGUUUGGCGGACAUGUUUGGAGGAUUCGUGCUUUACUUUGGAGGGAUGGUGUGGCUGACCAUCACCUCACUCAUCGCCGGGUUCUCCCAGAACUGGUUGAUGCUGUUUAUCUUCCGAGCACUACAAGGGCUGGGAUUGGCAGCAUUCCUACCCUCGAGUAUCAUGAUUCUCGGCAGAGUGUACCGACCAGGACCUCGUAAAAACCUCGUCUUUAGCAUCUAUGGCGCCUGCGCAGCGCUGGGGUUCUUCGUCGGAAUUUUCUUCUCUGGUAUCUGCGGUGAAUUCCUGUCAUGGUCGUGGUAUUUUUUCUUCGGUGCCAUUUUCUCUGCUAUCACGGCCGUGUCGUCUUACUUUUCGAUUCCCUCGGAUUGGACCGAGAAGCGAGCAACAUCCAAGGCUAGUAUGGACUGGAUCGGAUCCGCCUUGCUCGUACCAGGCAUGGUGCUGUUUGUUUUUUCCAUUGCGGACAGUGCACAUGCUCCCCAGGGUUGGAAGACGUCAUAUAUCAUUGUUUGUCUGAUUCUUGGUGUUUUAUUUUUGGGGGCCUUUAUUUAUGUGGAGGGCUGGGUUGUCGAGAAUCCUUUGAUGCCGGGCGAUUUGUUCUCGGUGAAGUACAUGAAACCGCUUAUUCUCGCUCUCCUCUGCUUGUAUGGCUGCCUUGGGAUUUAUCUUCUCUAUGCAUGUCUGUACAUGCAGGAUUUCAUGGGAGCCAGUCCCCUCCAGGUCGUUGCGUGGGCAGUGCCCAUGGCAGUUGGUGGGCUCAUUCUCUCUGUCGCUGGAGGUUAUCUACUCCACAUGCUCAACGGAACCAUCCUUAUUAUAAUAGCUUGUCUGGGCUACCUCGCAUCCGGUCUUUUAUUCGCACUGAUCCCACUCGGAGGAAACUACUGGGCUUUCGUAUUUCCCGCCAUGAUCGGCGGCACAAUCGGCAUAGACAUCAGCUUCAACGUCACCAACAUCUUCAUCACCACGAAUCUGUCCAAGGAAAGACAAGGACUAGCGGGCGCGUUGAUCAACUGUACUCUCCACUUCGGAAUUGCCAUCAUGUUGGCGUUUGCCGAUAUCGUCCAGGUUCACACUGAGGAGUAUUUGGGUCUUCGGAAGAGUUACCAGGCGGCAUUCUGGUUCCAGGUUGGGUUGGCUGGAUUUGCGUUGGCUGUGGUGAUUGCGUUCGUGCGUAUCGAGAGUGCGAAGAGUGAGUUGACUGUGGAUGAGAAGCUUGAGUUGGAAGCUGCUGCGCGGCAGACUUAG